AUGGAAAAUAACAAUAAUUGGCCUUGGAACAUCUUGAAUCGUUAUUGUCAGGAUCCCACUCAACGAGCGUGGGUAUCAAGUCAACUUCAUCAGUCGCCUAUCCCACCUGGUCAAUCACCUGAAGAUUGGUUAUUGGCCAGAUCAAUGGUAGCUGAAGGGAUGACCGAGGCAGAAGCUUGGGCACAAGUGCAUCUCUCACGCCAAAAUCAACAACAAAAUAACGGUAACAACAAUCAUACUAACAUGUUUGUUCAACAACCAACGGUCUUUCAAAAUGGAUCACCAUAUCAAGGCCAUCAACAACAGUUCUUCGAUCAAGUCAAUCACCCGAGUACCAAUUCACCUUACGGCUAUGUCUCUUUGCAAGAUGUCGCUCCGCAAGUCCAGCAACAACCACAACUGCAACCAAGAACGCAGAAUCCGCUUGCCCUUCUACAACAAAUUCCAGGUGUCACGCUACCUCCACAGAUCCUCAACAUGAGUCCUGAGCAGCAGAUGAAUGUAUAUCGAUUAUUCAGAGAGCAACAAGAACGUGCUAGAAAUGCUGCUAAUCGCGGGAACCCUGCAUCAAUUUCUCCGCAACUCUUACAACAACCGCAACGUCCGCAACAAUUACAGCAUACUUCAUUCCGAGGUCAAAUCCAGCCACAAGCACAAGCUCAUUCUCAGCCCCAGCCUCAGGUUCGACCACCAGUCACGGUCGAUCUUACGCAAGAUGGUAGCCCAAGGGAUGAAUCACCAAUCCAACUGAUCCCACCCGGAUCCUCACGAACGCCAUCGCCUAUGCCUAAUCAUGCACUGUCCAUUCAGCCUGCACCAAGCAGGAAGCGAUCUCUGGUCCCCAUUCCAGCACAGGAAUCGGCCAACAAAACAGUAAAGAGAAUCAGAGGAAAUUCAUCUUCUUUCGCAGCACCCAUCAAGAUAGAUAACAACAACCUCUUGAAUGAGCCUAAACCGAAAGCUUCCGGUUCUACGUCUGCUAACACAGCUGCUGCUGAACCGGUCACCAUCAAAACAAUAAGACCGUUCUUAUCGCCCGAUGCACUGAAAUUACCUAAACCCGCUCAAUUAUUCAAACAUAUCCGUAAAAGGGAAAAUAAGAAAGGUGAAAUCCUACCACCAUUAUUCUUGCCUUCACCCAAGGAGGUACUGGAGAUUGUCAGUGCAUUGAGGGAUCAUGCCUCUCCCGAAUAUCUUAGGGCGAUGGCAGAUGACGAACGAUACUGCGACGUAUGGUCAAGUUGGUUAUUGAAAUCCAUAAAAGAUAUCGAAAAAUGGGAGGUGGCAAUUGUACCGAUCUUACAGGUUUUGGCCAAGACGGACAUGCCGAUUGAUGAGAUUGAAGAUACGAAAAUAAGGAUCCGAGCUAGGAAACUGGUCAAUCUCGCGAAUGAGAAGAAUCUGGCAAGUCGAUCGGCCAUCCAGUCUGCCUUCCAGCGAUACGAUAAUUACGUGGUCAAUGUACUUAUCCCACAAGGGAGACGAAGUGCACCAGAUGAUGACGACGAUGAUGAUUCUGACAACAAGAAAAGAAAGAUCGAUCAAGUUUCCAGGAACGAUAUCAAGCCCAAAGUCGAACCGGGAACAUCAAAACCUUCUUCAUCGAAGAUAUCAGCUAUCAGCUCCACGUCCAAUGGUUCAAAAGCCCCCGUUAAACCUUCAUCUACCAGUAAUGCGAACGGUAGUGGCUCUAGCGGUAUCAAGCCAGCAGCCAAAAGUGCAGCGGACAUGUCAUUCUUUGGAGCCUCAUCCUCCUCUUCAUCUAAAGCGAAAGGCAAGUUACCAGAUAUCAAGAAAAGACCCACUCAACCUCUACCUCCUCCUUCAGCACCAGCAGGGUCCGCAUCAGCGGUGUCAAACAUCCUACAACAACUCAAAGCGGGCCCGGUCAAUACAGUGGCACCUCCUAUUCGAGCCAGUAGUAGUAUUCAGGCUGGACCAGGGGGCUCGACCGAGGUGAAAAAGGAAGAAGAUGUCAAACCUCGAUAUAACUCCAAAGGGAAAUUGAUAAGGAACGUCAGGUUCAAAGAUGAUGUGAAACCUGAAGAUGGAGGUGGAGCUUUGGAACAGAUCAAGGAGUUCAGGCAGGAAGAUAAGGAGUUUGAGAGAUUUGAUUGGGAAGAAGAGGCCGAUCUACACGGACGUAGUGCGCACGAUCUGGACAUCGAUGAAGGUGCUGCUCUAGCGUCGGCGAGGGGACACAGUAUGAUAGAAUGGUAUGAACCUUCUCCUUAUAACGAGGAGAUCCGACCUGUGGAAACACCCGAAUCGACCGCUCAAGCCUCAAGAGAGCGCGAGACAUUAGCGCUCUUCAAUCCACCUGGUCAACCUGUUCCCGAUCCAUCCGAGCUCGGCGUGAGAAUAGUGGAAGGUGCCAACCCGCAGAGGGAGAUGGAACCUAUGAACGCAAGUGAAGAGAUCUUGAAAUUCCAAUCGAGGGGAAAUUAUCAACCUCAGAUUCAGACCCAAACCGGGUCAAGUGUAUUACCUCAACAGGAUAUAGGAGAUCUUCUGAAAGGAUUAACAAAUAUCAUCCCUCCUGCUCAGGUUCAACCACAGCAACAGCAACAGCAGCAACAGCAACAACAAGGUUAUGGAGGUGGAUUCGGAUAUGACCCUUAUUCUACCCAUACCCAAACCCAUGGACAUCGACAUAACCAACCGACUUGGGCUGGCUAUGGUAAUGUCAAUGGUCAAAAUAAUGAUUAUUCGCAUACGAGGAACUACGAGAAUUACAAUACAUAUAAUCAAUCCAGGGAUUCAAGACCAAUUGAUAGAGAUCCGAAAGUUCCUAUUUGUAGAUUCUGGUCUAGAGGAGAGUGA